UAAGUGUUUGGAGCUUCAACUGGAAACAGCAGUUGAGUUGAUUAAUCUCGCAGCUAUACCUGAUCCAAAUCGGAAGUGAUUACAGUUCGGUCUCAUACGACGAAUAGUGAUAAAUUCAAAUUAGUGAAGAAACAUGGCUCCAAUUGUGCUGUAUCAUUUCCCCAUGUCGCCACCAUCCCGGUCGGCUCUGCUGGUGGCCCGCAAUCUCGGAUUGGAUGUAGAGGUCAAGAUUUUGAACUUGAUGGCCGGCGAGCACAUGCAGGAGGAAUUCGUCAAGAUUAAUCCCCAACACACGGUCCCGACUGUCGUCGACGACGACUACGUCCUGUGGGAAUCGAAAGCCAUCGCCACCUACCUGGUGGAGCAGCACCAGCCGGACAGCACAUUGUACCCGGCGGAUCCGAAACAGCGAGGCAUCAUCAACCAACGGUUGUACUUUGAUUCGACUGUUCUGUUUGCCCGCGCUUAUGCUGCUGUCGCUCCGUUAAUGCGCCAAGGUGCCACCUCGAUCCCACAGGACAAAAAGGACGCCAUCCUGGAAGCCCUAGGAACGUUGAACGGAUACCUCGAUGGACAGGAUUGGGUCGCCGGCGAAAAUACCACCGUGGCCGAUUUGUGCCUUCUGGCAACCGUGUCAUCUCUAGAGAAACUUGGUGUUGACCUGAGUGAUCUGCCGAACAUCACUGCCUGGCUGGAACGCUGCAAAUCUCUGCCGGGAUUUGAGGAAAACGAAGAGGGUGCCAGCAUGUUCGGAAAUGGACUGAAAUCCAAGCUGGAGGAACCUUUCUAAGUUAUUUUUCUUUACUUCUAUUACGGAAGCUCUAAACAAGCGCCUAAUGUUUUAAGAUUUAUUUAUUGUCAUGUCAACAUGUUAAAACAUAGCGAACACGAAAUGUGUUCGUUAAUAAUCGUUGAGAAUAUACGAGAUAACCGAUUGUCUCGCAAAUACGUAGAUGCAAUAAAGUAAUUGAACUCAA